AUGAAGGACACUGGCGAAUCAAAGGACCACCAACUAACAGUGGCCCUGAGGAUCAGACCCCUCAGCGAUUCUGAGCGGGAAGAGGCAGCCACCAUAGUGGCCCACAGAGUGGACAACCAGAUGGUGGUACUGAUGGACCCCAUGGAGGAUCCAGAUGAUAUCCUGCGUGCCAACCGUUCCCGGGAAAAGACCUAUAUGUUCGACGUAGCGUUUGACUACUCAGCCAACCAGGAGGAGGUGUACAGAGCCACGACCAAGGGCCUAAUCGAAGGCCUCAUAUCUGGCUACAACGCCACCGUUUUCGCCUACGGACCCACAGGUUGUGGGAAGACGUACACUAUGUUGGGGACGGACAGGGAACCGGGGAUCUACGUACGGACUCUAAAUGACCUGUUCAAAGCCAUCGAGGAGACCAGCGAUGACAUGCAGUACAACAUCUCCAUGUCAUACCUGGAGAUCUACAACGAGAUGAUCCGGGACCUUCUCAACCCGUCCUCUGGGUUCCUGGACCUGAGAGAGGACUCUAAAGGAGAGAUCCAGGUGGCUGGCAUCACAGAGGUCUCCACUAUCAACGCCCGAGAGAUCAUGGAGCUGCUGAUGAAGGGUAAUAAGCAGCGUACCCAAGAGCCCACGGCAGCCAACCAGACAUCGUCCCGGUCCCACGCCGUGUUGCAGGUGGCUGUCAGGCAGACGAGCCGCUGUCGAGACCUUCUACAGGAGAUCCGCUUCGCACGCCUCUUCAUGAUCGACCUUGCUGGCUCCGAACGAGCCUCACAGACACAAAACAGAGGUCAGAGGUUAAAAGAAGGAGCCCACAUCAACCGCUCCCUCCUGGCUCUGGGUAACUGCAUCAACGCCCUGAGUGAGAAACACGGCAACAAAUACAUUAACUACAGGGACAGCAAGCUGACGCGCCUGCUCAAGGAUUCGUUGGGCGGCAACAGUCGCACGGUGAUGAUAGCCCACAUUAGCCCUGCCUCCCUGGCCUUCGAGGAGUCUCGCAACACACUUAGCUACGCCGACCGUGCCAAAAGUAUCCGCACACGGGUAAAGAGGAACCUGCUGAACGUGUCCUACCACAUCGCUCAGUACACCAACAUCAUCUCUGACCUGCGCAGCGAGAUCCAGCGGCUCAAAAAGAAGAUCGCUGAUCAGGCUGGACGUCAGCUCAACCUUGACCGAGCUGACAUCCGCCAUGUCCAGGCGGAGGUGCAGGCCCACAGCACGCAGGCGAGCCGGGCAGAGAUGGACCAGCUGAGGGAACAGCUCCUAGAGGCCUUCAGGAGCCAGAUGGAGAUCAGGAGGAGCCUGAUGGAGCUGGACAACAGCAACAUGGAGAUCCAGAUGGACACCUCCAAACACCUGCUCACCAUCGCAGAUUGGGAGCAGGAGCGGAGUCGUCGUCGCAGGAAGUGGCGUGCGGAGAGGAGGAAGGAGAGCUUCAGUAAGGAGGAGAGUGAGAAGGACUCUGACUGCCCUGAGUCUCCCCCAGACAGCACUGAGACCCAGGAAGUAGCCAUGGCCAGAGAGAAUCUGGUCACUCUCAUGGCUGAACAAAAGAAGAUACGCAAACAGAAGGCAUCGCUAGAGAGCCACUUUGUGGAGCUGCGCGAGCGGGCCAGGCGCCUGGAGGAGCUGCUUCCUCGCAGGGUGAGCUGCGAGGAGCAGAGGGAGGUGCUGGGCCUCCUCUGUAAGGUCCACGAGCUGGAGAUCGAGAACGCUAAGAUGCAGUCCCACGCCCUGCUCAAAGACAACGUGAUCCGACAGAAGAACUGUGUGGUGCAGCGCUUCGAGUAGCACCGCCACCUCUGUGACGAGAUCAUCCAGCAGCAGAGACAGUUCAUUGACGACCACAGCCUUCUGGUGCCCCCCCACCUUCAGGAGCUGUAUGGGAUCUACAUGAGAGAGCUGGACGAGAGGAACCUGGACAGAGCCAUGGCGCUGGACAAGGUCACUGGAUGCACACUCAAGGAGGCCUCCCUGCCCAAGAUCAGCCUACCCAGCCGAGGUCGUGGCCUGCUGCAGGACGUGGACUCAGACCAGGAGAGCGUUCGCACCAUGGGCUCAGAGACCAGGCAUGGAAGGGCCAAGGCCCGCAGACACACCCUGCCACCUAUCCUACCUGAGGCUGAAGGAGACAACAACCGGGUGUUUAAGAGCAUUCCCCAUGCCAGACAGAUGAAACAUUCUGCUGUGAUGACCCCUCCUCCCAUCCACAUCAACGGCCAGGGGAACAGAGAGCUGCAGCCAUUGGCUCCAGAGACCACUCUGAGCUACUGCCACCUCAGCCACAGUGUCAGCAGUCACCUGGACUCCUCUCCCGAGAGCAGCGAGACGGGCCAGGAUGCCCCCCUCACACGCAAGGAGAGGCAGCAGAUCCUCAAAGGGAUCCACAACAUCGCAGUGAAGGCUGCUUGCCGCCGCUCCAAAGCCCUGGAAGUAGACGCCCUGAGGCUGCCCCCUCCUCCCUCCCCCCUGGACCCCAAGAAGCACAAGAGCAGCCUGUCUCUGAGCGAGGCGCCCCCUAGGGGCCUGGCCCUGCUUCGCGGCCGGCAGCCCAGCCCCGAGCUCCGCCACGCUACCUCAGAUGAGAACCUAUCCAGCAGCACAGGGGAGGGGCCUGGCUCCCAGGGCACGUGGACACGCCCACGCAACCGCCAGCCCGCCCCCAAGAACCUAAACCCCACCCUGCGUGAGCAGGACUUCGAGGCUCGCCGCCGGAAGAGACGCUCCCGCUCAUUCGAGGUCACAGGUCAAGCACUGUCUCAGUCUAAGACCAUGGCAGCCCAACGUGUCCGCCCACUGGACAGCACUUCAGACCCCCACCUCCACAUCAACGGCCAGCCCCAGGCCCCCCUGCAACGCCCACAGCACAGGGGGGUCCCUCCUCUCACCAAGGUCCGGCUGCCCCACAACAACCACCAAACAGGUCAGCCUCCCUUUUCCUACACCUCUAGAUUAAAAAAUACAAAAUAUUGCUGCCCCAUCACAGAGUCCUCCCCAGUCCAUCUGAGCAACCUGAAGCGUGCGUCCCAGCUGCGCCAGCCCCUACUCUACGUCACCACCACAGGCACCGGAGGCCAGCGCACCCGCAGGCACUGA